UUAAUGGCGUUUAUGUUAAUUUGUCUUUGUGAUAAAAGCAAGGUUUCUAAGUUCAACAGAGACAAACUGUCCGCGAUAUGCGAGUGACUGGAAGCGGCCGUUAAAACCCCUGAUCGACGUACUUAUCACAACAUUGAUUUGCAAGGUUUGCUGGAAGACGAAGUGUAUGUUCUAAAACUUGAAGUCAAACUGUAAAAUUAAAACCACACAGUCGUGAAGAAUUGCCAUGGAAAAUAAUGUUAACACAUUUCAUCAGUGUGUUGUAUGUGAUGAGAUUUUUCAACAACUUGAUGAUUUAGAAAAACACAAUAAAAUACAUGUUAAAGAAGAGAAAACUGAUGAUGUAGAUGAAUAUUGUCAUGUUAAAGAAGAGAAAACUGAUGAUGUAGAUGGCUAUUUCCAUGUUAAAGCAGAGAAAACUGAUGAUGUAGAUGAAUAUUGUCAUGUUAAAGAAGAGAAAACAGAUGAUGUUGAUGAAUAUUGUCAUGUUAAGAAAGAGAAAACUGAAGAUAUUGAAACCGUUCAUCAGUGCAAUUUAUGUGAUGAAGAAUUUAAAUCGAAUAUUGAUUUAGAGAAACAUUGUAAAAUACACGUUAAAGAAGAGUUGAAAGCUAAUAAUGAUAGUGAUGUAGGCCUACAAUCAGCUGACAGUCAGGGUAGUGAUGUAGGCCUACAUGUACAAUUAGCUGACAGUCAUGGUGUAGCCAAACGUUUUAAAUGUGAUGUUUGUAAUAAAUCAUUUCUUAAUGAUGGAGGCCUACAAAACCACAAAAGAAUUCAUACAGGUGAAAAGCCAUAUAAAUGUGAUGUUUGUGGUAAAUCAUUUUCACAAAGUAGUCAUAUAUACAGGCAUAUGAAAACCCACACAGGCGAGAAGUCUUAUCAUUGUGAUGUUUGUAAUAAAUCGUUUAGUUUUAGCCAAGGUUUGCAAUAUCAUAUGAGAACGCAUACAGGUGAAAAACCAUAUAAAUGCGAUGUUUGUAGUAAAUUAUUUUCAAGUUCUGUUGGUGUACAGCAACACAUGAGAAUUCAUACUGGUGAAACACCAUACAAAUGUGAUAUUUGUAGUAAAUCAUUUAGACAAAGAUGUAGUCUACUGAAACAUGUGAGAACUAAUUGUGGAUCAUUAACACAGAAAAUUAAACUUCAGAAACCGAAAAAAACUCCUACUGUAAAAAAAACUGUUCAAUGUGAUGUUUGUAAUAAAUCAUAUACAGAACGCAGUACUCUACGGAAGCACAUGAGAAUUCAUACGGGUGAGAAGCCAUUUCAAUGUGGUGUUUGUAGUCGAUUAUUCACCGAAAGUGGUCAUCUGCAGAGACACAUGAAAAUCCAUACAGGGGAAAAACCCUAUACAUGUGAUAUUUGUAAUAAAUCAUUUCUCUUACAUUUUAAUCUUCGGAGACAUUUGAGAACUCACACCGGUGAGAAGCCUUUUAAAUGUGAUGUUUGUAGUAAAGUAUAUACUGAACGAGGUAGUCUACGGAAACACAUGAUAGUUCAUAUGGCAGAAACCUCAUAAAUGUGAUGUUUGUAGUAAAGUAUAUACUGAACGAGGUAGUCUACGGAAACACAUGAUAGUUCAUAUGGCAGAAACCUCAUAAAUGUGAUGUUUGUAGUAAAGUAUAUACUGAACGAGGUAGUCUACGGAAACACAUGAUAGUUCAUAUGGCAGAAACCUCAUAAAUGUGAUGUUUGUAGUAAAGUAUAUACUGAACGAGGUAGUCUACGGAAACACAUGAUAGUUCAUAUGGCAGAAACCUCAUAAAUGUGAUGUUUGUAGUAAAGUAUAUACUGAACGAGGUAGUCUACGGAAACACAUGAUAGUUCAUAUGGCAGAAACCUCAUAAAUGUGAUGUUUGUAGUAAAGUAUAUACUGAACGAGGUAGUCUACGGAAACACAUGAUAGUUCAUAUGGCAGAAACCUCAUGAAAUGAAAUGAAAUGAAAUGAAAUGAAAUGAAAUGAAAUGGGGUUUAACGUCCUACUGUUCUGCUCCUAACCUGGGCUAAUGAAGACGGGCAUACACCAUACAGUGUGCUAUGAGGGAAAUUUUGCCCGGACAGCGGCACUAUCGCCUACUCUUAUUUUGAAUUCCAACUGCCAAGGGAUCUUUUACGUGCAUUCCAAUGUAUACACGGACCUCGGUUUUUCGCCUCAUAAAUGUGAUGUUUGUAGUAAAUCAUUUACUGGAAGUACAUGAGAAUUCAUAUUGGAGAGAAACCAUUUGAAUGGGUUGUGUGUAGUCGAUUAUUCACUCUGAGAAUGGUACUGUUCGUACUGGAGAAACACCUUUUCAAUGUAAUGUAUUUUGUAAAUCAAACACAAAACGAUAAUCCAUGUGUAAGAAGCCUAUUGAAUGUGAUGUUUGUAGUAAAUCAUAUACUGAACGAGGUACUUUACGGAAACACAUGAUCAUUCAUAUUUGAGAAAUCUUAUAAAUGUGAUGUUUGUAGUACUCUUAGAAAAUAUACUGGAGAAAUACCUUUUAUAGUUCGAACACUGUCGUUUUCCGUAACGUGUAAAGAUACGAAAUUAGAUUUAAUGAUAUCAAAAUAAGGAAUUAUGAUAUAAAAAUGUUACCAAUUAAGGUCCGGAAAAAAGUGACACAUAAAGUCAGGUCUUAUUUAAAAUGUUGAUUUUGUGCAUUAGAAUGUUUGUUAUAUUUUUAGAAAAAAAUCCUUUAGAAAAACUGUAGUAAGGUCAUUUAGGUGAUAUAUUGUGUAAACGUAAGUCGUAUCUAAGUGGACUGGCCAAUUUUAUCCGAGUUGAGCGAAGAUCCGAGUUAGUCGAAGACCGAAAUUCAAUCUUAGCCCGAUUAAAAAUAAACUACAAGAACCGGAUAAUAAUUGAUUCAAAGGCACGUUUCAAGCUUUUGUUCGUGUGUGAGAGUAGAUAACUUCUAUUUUGUUGCCAUCUUUGAAAAAUGUCCCAAAUUUUCCCGGAAAGUGUCUUAUACAGCAGACAGCGAGUUUCGAAUUUUCCCGGCUGAUUUGAGUCAAAAUGAUAGGGGAAAGUGUUUUGGGGGGUCUGUGCAGGGCUUGCCACGAGCAAAUUGGAGGUGAGUAGAUGACUACUCACGCAAAUAUAGACUUGCGCGAGUGAGGCGAGUACAUGUAUUUACUCACGCAGAAUGAUGUGCGUGAGUAGCCAUUUCCCUUUGCCAUCGUUGGCGUGCUGAGGGGAUUCGGGUAAAGCUUAGAAAGGUAAAAGAACAGGCACAACAAUUUCAAUCCCAUCAAUUUGCAGAAAAGAUGCGGGAUCGAAAGAAUUGCUAUAGAAACAACAUCCGCUCAAUUUUUUAUUAUCCAGACACGGCAAAGGACAUCCGCUUAAAAACCGCCUGGCAGUACGCGUCUCAAAGUAUUUUAGUAACAACAGGUUACUUGUCAAUCCAGGACUAUCUAUUUAAUACAUGUAGGUCCAUGGUGUCGGGAACAUAUCCUUAACAUCAUGCUGGCACUUAAAUAUCCAUUCUCAUAUACUCUCCAAGCAUGUAAAUCUCUUCUUGGACGUUCGUGCAUGUUCGGAUGAAUCCGAAUCCAACUUGUGCGAGGUUUACUGUAUAUUUCAUUUUCAUAUGCUCUCAUUUUCAUGUGGACGUAUAUUGUUGUCGUCCCUGUCCGUUGCAUGUAUGGGAUCGAAACUUCAUGGAUUAUGGCCCCUGAUUGUACGAAAAAUUAAAUUACGCUUUUACAUGUAGCCUGUGGACACUCCAGAGGUCACAAUUUUCAUCCGAUUUUGAUGAAACUUGAAAUGCAUGUUUAUAACCCAAAGAUUUUGGUUCCUUUCGAUAUUCGCGCAUAUCGUAUCAUAUGGACCAUGUUUGUACAAAAAAUUGCGUUUUUAGCUUGUGGUACUUCAAGAGGUCACAAUUAUUAUCUGAUUUAAAAAAAAAAAAUGUUUGAAUAUAUCACUGUUACACCAUAAUGGUGGCUGAGUUUGAAUUUCAUGAACUAAUUUCAUGAACUACUGGACAAAAUGGCAGACCCUCGUACGCAAAUAGGGUAAAUAUAUGGUAUAUCAUGGCUGUGGACCCUCAGAUUUUGAUGAAACUUGCAAUACAUGUUUAUAAUCCAAAGAUCUUGGUUCCUUUUUAUAUUUGCGUAUAUCGGACCAUAACUUCCUGGAUUAUGGCCCCUGAUCACGUUUUUAGCUUGAGGACCCUCUGGAGUUCACAAUUUUUAUCCAAUUUUAGAAAGCGUUUAAAUGUAUCACUGUUACACCCUAAUGACGGUCGCGAAAAUCGAACCAAAACUGCCUGACAAAAUGGUUGCUCCUUGUACACAAAUAGUGU